GUAAGUACACCUUCGCAGUAGCUACACUCCCAAUACGUGUACCUAGAGGACAACAAAUUAUGUCGACUGCACGCCGCGCUUAUCGGGAGAUGAUGCCUCAAGUUACAAACAUCGCCAUGUGUGUUGUCCGCGAACGUCUGCGAACAUUUAUGGCCAUACACUUUGGCAGGUUGGUCGGCAUCAUUCACUACAGGAUGUGAACUACGCCUCGAAAUUUCACGAUGUAAAAUACACCACUUUAGUGCACAUUCGGUGAAAGUUUGAACUAUCCCUGUGCGGGUGGCUAUUUUUCCGGACCGUUUUCCUGCCUCAGAUCAAUUUUGGCCAUCUUAUACAUCUCUCGUUUAGUGGAUUCGCGGAAGCUUAAUUGACUGAAACGCCGAUGAUGACUUAUACUUCUGCAACCAUCGAUUAGCGUACGUUUUUGACGUCACGUACAAGCCUCGAUAUCAAUAUCUGCUGCUCAUCGGGUUGUUUGUCAUCCCUCGGCGUUCGCCCUCCUGUUGCACCGAAAUUGUUUCUGCUUCAACCCAUUCCGACAGCACUUGACUGCUAGAGCUACGUAGCUACCUGCUUGGCAAAAAGCGAUUUUUGCCUUAUACUCCUGCAGGCAUGUCUUUGAAGCAAUUUCCAGUGUACCAAGACAUUGACGGAGUUCCGUACCCUUGGGCGUACAAGGCUGACCGUGUUCGAGAAGCGCUCAACUACAUGCCGCAUGAUGGGGACAUUGUCCUGGUCUCGCACCUAAAAUGCGGCAACAAUUGGCUCGAACAGAUCAUGCAACUCAUUCUUUACAGGGGUCAACAUGCCAAAGAUAUGACGGAGUACCACAAAAGAACGCCAUACAUCGAGAUGAUAGGCACUGAUGCGGUGAACAACAUGCGCCCUCCUCGCUUCUUCAAGACACAUUUCUCUUACGACAGACAGCCUAUAAAUCCCAAGGCGAAGUACGUGUACUUGACGAGGAACCCCCUUGACGUUUGCGUUUCCUUCUAUCACUACACUCGCACCAUACCGGCGUAUGGUUUCGAAGAUGGAACGUUUGAUGAUUUCUUCGAGCUCUUUGUGACAGGCAAGAACGACCGCGGAGACUUUUUCGACCACGUCAUGUCCUGGUACUCCCACAAGGAUUGCACCAACGUCUUCUUCGUUACUUACGAAGAACUCAAGAGGACCUUCAGAGAAACUGUACUGAGACUGGCCCAUUUUCUCGGAGACGAGUAUGCCAAGCCGCUGGAGUCUGACGAAGAGCUCUUCCACAAGGUUGUCGAACAGAGCAGCCUCUCGUCUACGUCCCAGCUCCUGAACUUUACAGAAAAAACGGUAAAGCAGUUGUUAAAUAAUGGGGAUGAGAAUCUUUUAGAGUGUUUGAAAAGGUUCGUGUGUGAUGACUCUGGCAAGCUCAAGUCCGAAAGUCCGCUUGUCCGCAAGGGAAUUGUCGGCGAUUGGAAAACGCUCUUCAAGGAAGAACAUCUCGAUCGCAUGCGUCGUAGGAUCCGGGAGAAAAAGAUGGAACCUGUAAUCAAAGCUCUGUGGGGAGCUGAAGACUUGGGAGGCAUCGUUUAGUUUUUUUCACACACACAAAAAAAAAAAAAAAACUAGACCAUUUGGGAAAAUCCCGAGAAGUCCACGCGCGAAGUCCUGUUCACCCCUCCUUGCGCUUGCGGAAUCUAUGGCGUGCCACUGAAGAGACAGCGAACGGCUAACGUAGUUGCCCGCCUUCCCUCGUCUUCCAGUUUGCAUGUCGUCUGUCGGAUCGGUUGUCUUCUAACUCCGGUCUUGAACAAGGCGUUCCCCGGAUUCGUUAUGGCGCCGCGGAUUGCGCUUCACGUUUGCAACAGGUCUACUGGAUGCUUUGAAAUCGCUCAUUGGGAGUAGACACAGCAAUCAAUGCAUACAAGGGAUCUUAAAAUGUGGCUUCACCAACUUAAUUUUGUAACAGUGUUAGUCUAUUUAGUUGUGUGAGUCACCACGUUUUUGCUGUGCUAAAUCAUUCUAUCAAUGCUGAGCAUCCGUGAGGCCGUUCUCUUGAGUAGGCACUGCACCGUGAAAACUUAACGUAUUUUUUUGUGAAUUGUGGAUUCAAUUCUAGGGAGGUUUUGUAUUUCUGUUUUGGGGGUUUGUCUAAUUGUGUCUAGUACAUACAUGUUCUGGCUGAUGUUAAUUAUCAAUAAAGCAUUAAACCUUUUA